AUGUCCCAAGUCGAGACCGUCUCCUCCUUCGUGGAGGGGGCUCCCCCAGGCGAGUCGCUCACCGUGUCGGAUCCCGAAAUCGUGUCCAGCCUAGAGCCGGCAUUUGAGAAGUACAACGAGGAGCAGUUCGUCACGGUGAAGCUGCCGGGCGGAAGCCAGCAGGUCAGUUCGGCCCAGCCGCCAGGAGACACUGUCAUCAUCAGCUCCCACAGUUCGCUCGGCGACGGCCAGUACUUUGACGUGGAGAGCUCGACAAGCUUCUCUUUCGACCACACCACACAGAAGGCCAGCAAUGUGCAGAGCUACGUGCUGGAGAGCGCAAACUCGGACUUGAUCAAGUCGACGUUGAAGAGUCUCGGCCCCUACGUACAGGAGCAUUUCCCCAACGCAGCGUACGGCGUCUACCCUACUGCGAAUGACACCCAGGUCGCGAUCAUUAUUGUCUCGAACAAGUACUCUCCUAACAACUUCUGGAACGGUCGCUGGCGGUCCCUCUACAUCUUCGAUCCCUCCUCCUCGAGCCUCGAGGGCUAUGUCAAGGUCGACGUGCACUACUACGAGGACGGCAACGUCCGGCUACUCACCAACCGACCCUCGCAGGCGUCGAUCUCGUCAGGCACGGGCGCCGGCAUUGUCAAGGAGAUCUCGACUUCGGAGAAGAAGUACCAGGAGGAACUGAACAGGGGGUUCACGAACCUCAGCGAGGGCGCGUUCAAGGGCCUGAGGCGACAGCUGCCCGUGACGAGGCAGAAGAUCGAGUGGGACAAGAUCACCUCGUACAGGCUGGGUCAGGAUAUUGGUGGCGGCGCGCGACGAUGA